CCACCUUGGUAACCAUCCACCGCCGGCACCACUUAAUUCUGGUCACGGCACCGACAAUGCUAGCAACAAAUGGCUUUCCAAUUGCAUGCCAGAGCGGCCCGACCCGGCCAGCAACACGGCUUUGCUGAAUCCCUUGGUGCAGCUUCGGCACCGCCGCCUUCGACCCUUGCUGCACAGCUCGUCGAGAACAUCUCGGCUUCGGCCACGAAAUCCUCCCGACCAGACGAGACCACCGAAUUGAAGCGCUUGUUUGCCACGAUCGAGAAAGUCAAAAAUGACCCGGACUGUCUCAUGACCCACGAAGAACGCGUCCAGCAUAAUCACUUGCUCGUCUACGUCUGCGGCGGCGUGUUUCUGGAGAGCCUCAAGCUGGACGAUGCCUUUGCCGACCGGGAGCGGCUAGAGGCGGAUGCGCUGAAGGCGGUCAACUUUCUUGAGGUUACAAUCAAGGAGACGCCGACUGUGCUCAAAUGUACUACCGAUGGCGAGACAUUCUUAGGGAGGGGCAGGGAGCCUCUUUGGGUGUGGAUCUUGCCCAAGUUGUUGCGCAUGCUGGGGCACCGGCGAUGUUUGGGGGUAUCAAGAAAGAUUGAGGAGCUGUGUCGGUAUAUGCUGGUGCUUGCGGCGCAGGAUGCGGCGCUAUGGGAUUUGGGAAGGGGGUUGAUGGACUACUUGCGAACAAAUCUUGGUGCCAUCCUCGCCCGUUUGGAGCUAAGCGUCCCAUCACCGCACGAACGUCCCGUCGAGAUCAAACUGCCGCCUAAGCCGUUCCUCGAGGCGCUCGCUGAUGGCGCCCCCCGGGGAUGCUCCUUCGCCCUCACUGAUGCCGAACACGCGAUCCGACAUGCUGUGAGCCUCUUGACAGUAAUCAAGGGUGCAGUCACAUCCAAGUCAACCACGCAAGCCUUUCUCCUCUACGGUCAGACCCAAGUCUGGCUUUUGGACACGCUGCAACCCCUUAGCUCGAUCCUGGUGACCUGGCCCACGCUCGUUGGAGUCACUUUCGGCCACAUUCUCGAGAUCGCCACAGAUCUAGUCGAGGCUCACAGCGACACACAUGGCUCCUACCAAGCCGUUUAUCACAAGGCCAGUGCCGUUCUGGUGGCAGUUUGCGCCCACCUUCUGCAGAAUCCCAAACCGUUCCUGGCAGAAGACGACGAUAGCAUAUCUCUGAGACGACGGUUCUGCUUCGCUUUUAUCCAACUGGCAAAAGCCGCAGCCAAACAUGCUCCAACGUCACGACUCAUAGCCUGUGGGCUCAUCACUCCUGCGCAGCGGCUGGCCUCGGAGCACUCCGUCGCUGGGGCGGGAACUGAUAUCUGGCGUUCUGUGCAACUUCUGAGAGAGGUUACGACGUAUUCUCCACCCGGGUUGGCCAACAAGGGGACAGGGCCGUCUAUGUUCGUUGACGUUGAACUACGCCAGCAGGUCAAGAAGUUGGUGAUUGGGCGAAAGAGCGGCAAUACCAUGGUUCCGCCGGCGAAGCGCAGGAAACUGAAUGAUCAACAACCGAAGCUGUUGCUUGACCUGACAAGCCAGGUGUGUCGACUGGUGAAUGCUGACCCCGACAGUUCCAUGGAUGAACUGGAGCCUCGAAUCAUUGAACGGUUUCCCCAUCUGGAUGAGGAUGACCAGUGCCGUCUUAUCGACAUCAUAUCCCGGAUUCCAUGUGCUGCGGACUAUACCCUGCAGCGUAAGCGAACAGGACCACCAGCGACACCUGCAUUCCAGUGUGCAUUUUGCUCCAAGGCAAAGCCGGUCGGAUCGCCGCCUGAACUUCGACAUGAACCGGCCAAGUCUGCCGGGGUCGCCAUGUUCAGCCAUGUCAUUAAGCUUCCCAGCUUCCUGGAGUCGAGACGGCUUCGGGUUUUCGCUAUGAUUGCUCUCCGGCGAAUCGCCAGACACUCGACGGGCGGCGAGAUUUGGGACUUGGAGAAAUCCGGUCCAGGACAGGGGUGCCUACAAUCUCUGCAAAGCUCCAUCCGAGAACUUCGUAUUGCUGCUGGACGAGCGCUCAUCGUGUUCGUCUCAGAACCAACCACGGCCGAUUUUGACUGGGAAGUUUUAAAACGGAACAGGACCAAUGCCCUUAGUUUCCUCAAGUCGCUCUCAGAUAAGGCGGCCCAGAAUUUGCAAGAGACUUGCAUAAUGGCAUGGGCCCAGGUGGGCAAAGCUGUUUCCGCCGACGAGCUUAACCUUGUCGUCAUCAAGCUCGUCGAGUAUCUAGGGCACCGCAACAUGGUAUUGUCCGGUCUCGCCUUCAACGAGAUUUUGAAUCUUGCUGAGUUUCGGGGAGAGACCCCAGUUCAGCUGUUCCAGCCUUUUUGGCCAAGCUUAGCGUUCUGUGCCGUCAAAGACCUAGUGUCCAAGCCGCAGACGGCACGGCUGAUUGCUGAUCUGAUGCAGAUGAGCGUGUUGGAUCUCUUGCUUACGAUCCAGAAACACGCCCUUCCCUGGCUGGUCCUCACAAAGAAACGGGAGGUGAUACAGAAAAUCACCGAGGCGAGGGGAGAGACCGAGACCUGGCAGACCUGCAUGGAUCCGGCGAACCUGCCAUGUAUUCUGGCUCUUCUCCUCGUGCAGGAUGCUCCCGACAUAGCUGCCCAUGCCAUGUCAUUGCUUGGACAUGUCUCCUCCCACAUCGACAGGUUCGAGCUAGUGGAGUUGCUUCGGACAGAUCCCCUAACUAUCGCCUUGGAGCUCUUUAAAGCUGGUUCUGGAGCUAAUGAGGCACGCAGGGAAAGGGUCCGGGCAGCCCUUUACACGAUGGCCACUCUUCUCCUGGCCGACCAAAAAGAGAGAAAAACGAAGAAAUCGGAUGUUGUUGGGCGCUAUCUUCAACAGCAUGCUCUUGGGUUAACCGCACGGUUGAGCGAAGAAAUCAAUGGAACUUGGCCGUCCCGUCCCCUGGUCUCAGAACAGAGGAAAUGUCUUGGGGCCAUGGAGGAAAUGAUUAAGAUCUGCAAGUCCUACAUGUGCAUCGCUCGGCCACAGAUCUCGGCAUGCCUGAUCUCUGCCCUGGCAUCCGACGACCUCCGAACCGCUGCCUUUUCCUGCUGGGAGGCCAUGCUCACCCACAUGGAGGACGCUGACCUGGAGGCUCAGAUCGAGACGACUUUCUUCAUCAUUGGAUACUAUUGGAAGACCUUCGACUCAGGGACCAAGAAAAGGGCGCAUGAUCUGAUCACAGCUAUGCUGAAGGAUUAUGAGGCCCUCUUGAAGAAAUACUCCAACCGACUACCCUCUCUCCAACAUAUCGAGGAGCUGACGGACAUCUGCAAGGCAUUAGAAGCCCUCCGCCCUCCCUUGGAUAACAGGGAGGCGUUUGCUGUCUUUGCUCAGCGGCUGAGCCACGAGAAUCCCGGUGUCAUUGAACAAGCGUUAGUCGAGUUGGUUGCGUUCCUCGACAAGAACCAAAAAGACCUCCAAGCAUCAGCCGUCAGCGAGCAACCUGACUCGGUCGUCACCACGCUUGCUCGCUCAUUGCUGGACUGUUCCGCCAAGUACAAUGGCUGGCAUGCCGACAUCACCCGCCUCUGUGCCCAGGCAAUGGGCCUCAUCGGUUGCCUGGACUCGAACCGUAUUGAGACCACCCGAGAAGAGAAGCAAUUCGUCGUCGUCCACAACUUCACGGAUGCCCGUGAGACAACCGACUUUGUCGCAUUCAUGCUCGAAAACGUGCUUGUCAAGGCAUUCUUGUCAACGACCGACACCAAAUUCCAGGGUUUCCUCUCCUAUGCCAUGCAGGAGUUGCUGGAACGGACUGACUUCAAGUUCGCUUGUGCUCAUGCGGGCGAGGAGGCCAGCGAACCUAUCUACAGGAAGUGGCUCGCCAUCUCGGACAGUGCAAGAGAAGUCUUGACGCCAUUUCUGUCCUCGAGGUUUGCCAUCGCGCCCAUGCCGCAUCAGACAACUGAGUAUCCCAUCUUCAAGCCCGGGAGAUCGUACGCUGCCUGGCUGAGGGCCUUUGUCCUUGACCUUCUCCGCAGCCCACAGAAUCCGUUCAGCAUGACAGUCUUCGAGCCGCUCUGCCGACUUAUUAAGGUCAAGGACCUCGCUGUUACUGAGUUUUUGCUGCCUUAUGUGGUUUUGCACGUGGUUGUUGGCCAGGAAGAGUCGGAUGAGUUCAGAAACAAGGUCUCCGCUGAGUUAGCGGCUAUCCUGAAGCACCAGCCAGCGGAGACCGCCUCGUAUGUUGAGAAAGAGGAAAAGAAGUUGUUCUAUCAAGCUGUUUUUCGCAUCCUUGACUAUUGCAUGAGGUGGAUGCAAGCGAAAAAUUCCCAGCAUGGACUGACAGUGAAGGACCAGACAUGGAUCGGAUGGGUUCAGGGGCUGAUUGGCUCUCUUGACGCAGAGCUGAUAUCGCAACGAGCAGUCGACUGCAACGAGUAUGCCCGGGCGUUGUUCUUUCUGGAGCCGCACAUCGAGAGUCGGGAGAAGACAGCCGAGAAGGAAGAGAACGACCGGAUCCUGCAGUCUCUCCAGAACAUUUACACACAAAUUGACGAUCCCGAUGGCCUCGAGGGCGUCUCAGCGCAUCUGCAACACAUCACCCUGGACCAGCAGGCGCUUAAUCACCGCAAGGCAGGCCGGUGGACGGCAGCACAAACAUGGUAUGAAAUUCGGCUUGCUGAAUGUCCCGACGAUGCGGACAUUCAGGUGGACCUUUUGACAUGCCUGAAGGAAUCCGGACAGCACGAUGUCUUGCUCAACUACGUCGAAGGGAUGACUGUAAGCACGGUGAACAGAAUCGCGCCGUUUGCCGUCGAGGCAGCCUGGGCGACCGGCCGGUGGCAGACCCUCGAGAAAUAUCUCCGGCUGUACAAUGCUGGUGACGUCUCCGAAGUCUUCGACCUCGGUGUCGGACAAGCUCUGCUCUGUCUCAAGGAUGGGAAUGUGGAGAAGUUCAAAGAGCACAUCCAAAUGCUUCGAGAUAAGGUGGCUGGCUCGUUGACUUACUCUGCGACGUCCUCCCUGCGUGCCUCUCACAACGCCAUGCUCAAGUGUCAUGUCUUGAGCGAUCUGGAAAUGAUUGCGAACGAAAAUAUCCAGGGAGAUGGAGAUCGACAAGCUGUCCUUACGGCCUUGGACCGGCGGUUGGAGGUGCUCGGGGCGUACGUGAGUGACAAGCAGUAUCUGCUCGGAAUCAGGCGAGCAGCAAUGGAGCUGAUGCGGCCCAAGUUUGGAAACGAGGACAUCUCUUUGCAGUGGCUGUCCAGCGCCAGACUGGCCAGGAAGUCUGGGUCCAUGCACCAGUCCUUCAACGCAGUGUUGCAUGCUCAGCAGCUUGGCGAUGGUUCCGCUAUUAUCGAGAACGCCAGGCUGUUGUACAAGGACGGCCAUCACCGCAAGGCUAUCCAAAUCCUGCAGCACGCCAUUUCAACCAACACAUUCAUCAGCGACAGCUACAUGAGCAUCAGUGUGCCGCCGACCUCUAGCAAAGGGCCAGAGACACAGCGCAGCUUAUUGACAGCGAGAGCCCACCUGCUCCUUGCAAAAUGGCUCGAUUCAACGGGCCAAACCCAUGCCAGCGCGCUACGAUCGCAAUAUCAACAAGCGGCGAAGACGCAUCCACAGUGGGAGAAGGGCCAUUAUUAUCUUGGUCGCCAUUACAAAAAAGUGCUGGAUUCGGAGAAGGCACUGAAACCAGACGACCAAUCCGACGAAUACUUGAGCGGUGAAACUGCAAAGCUGGUCAUCGAGAACUAUCUACGUUCUCUCAACUUCGGGACGAAGUAUCUCUCCCAGACGUUGCCACGGAUCUUGACGCUCUUUCUCGAACUGGGCGCUCAAGUUGACAAAGCCCCCGAUGGCAAAAUCUCGCUGUCUCGGCAGCUGCACAUGCGCAGAAAGGCCAUUCUCCAUGAACUUUACAAGCAUUUCCAAAAAAACAUCGCGCGCAUGCCGGCAUACAUAUUCUAUACGUCCCUGCCACAGAUUGUGGCAAGAAUAGCACACCCGAACCGGGACGUAUUCAAGGUGCUAGAGCAGAUGAUCCUCAAAGUAGUCGAAGCCCAUCCUCGGCAGGCUCUCUGGAGUCUCUUCCCUCUCAUGACGACUAGACAAGACGGCGAGCGUCGAAUCCGAGGAUCCGAGAUCCUGCAGGCUGUACGUGGCAUCGGCAAGAACGUGGACAGUGGGAAGCACGGUCUGGGUUCGUUGCUGAGGGCGGGCGAAAAGCUUGCGGAGCAGCUCCUGCUGGUUUGCAACAAUGGUGACUUCCAGAGCAACAGGACAACCACAGCGAGCAUCACGCGGGACCUCAACUUCAACCACAAAUGCACCCCAUGUCCUCUGGUUGUACCUGUCGAGGCUUGCCUAACGGCCACGUUGCCAACACUGACGGACAAUGUCCGCAAACACAAGGCAUUCUCCAGAGACGUGAUUACAAUUGAUUCGUUCCUCGAUCAAGUUCUUGUACUCGGCUCGCUUGCGAAGCCCCGCAAGCUGACGGCACGCGGAACGGACGGCAAGCUUUAUGGCCUGCUCAUCAAACCCAAAGACGACCUGCGCACCGACCAGCGGCUGAUGGAGUUCAACAGCCUCAUCAACCGCUCCCUCAAGAGGGACGCCGAAUCCAGCCGUCGGCAGCUCUACAUCCGCACCUAUGCCGUCACGCCGCUCAACGAGGAGUGCGGCAUCAUCGAGUGGGUCGAAGGCCUCAAGACGCUGCGCGACAUUUUGUUGGGCAUCUACAAGACCCGCGGCAUACAGCCAAACUACAGCGAGAUCCAACAGAAGAUGAAGCAGGCCACCCUGUCGGACGCGAACACGCGCAUCUUCACCGAGGACGUGCUGGGCCAGUUCCCGCCCGUGUUGCCCGAGUGGUUCAUUGCGCAGUUUCCCAACCCAUCGGCGUGGUUCGCCGCGCGGCUCAAGUACACGCGCUCCUGCGCCGUCAUGUCCAUGGUUGGCACCAUCCUGGGGCUGGGCGACCGGCACGGCGAGAACGUGCUGCUGGAGGAAGGCAACGGCGGCAUCUUCCACGUCGACUUCAACUGCCUGUUCGACAAGGGGCUGACGUUUGCACAGCCGGAGCGCGUGCCGUUCCGGCUGACGCACAACAUGGAGGCGGCCAUGGGCAUCUACCGAUACGAGGGGCCGUUCCGACACUGCAGCGAGCUGACGCUGAGGAUCCUCCGGCAGCAGGAGGAGACGCUCAUGACGAUCCUCGAGGCGUUCAUCUAUGACCCGACGCUGGACCUGCAGAAAUCGAGGAAGAGGAACUAUGAUGUGGUCAAGAUGAAUCCGCCCAGCGUCGUCGAGAGUAUCAGGCGCAAAGUCAGAGGCUUGUUGCCGGAGGAGAGCAUACCACUUGGAGUGGAGGGGCAGGUGGAGGAGCUUAUCAAGCAGGCGGUCAAUCCCAAGAACUUGGCGGCCAUGUAUAUCGGGUGGUGUCCUUUCCUGUAGUGCCUACGUCAGGCGGAAGGAGUUAACGGAUGGUGGUGAGGUGAUUCAGGAGGGUUAGGUCAUUCGGUGGGUUCGGUCGGGUGCAUUUUUCAGGUAGCUUGCGCCUGCAUGUGGACACAUGGAAUUGUCAGACAUGGUUGACUCAGAGCGUUAAGAAUACCCGGGCUGUUAAUGACAGCCUUCUCUUUUGAUAUUCGAGAGUAUUGUUGCUGUAGUAUCUUGAUCACUCGAGAGAGUAGACCCCAGGUUCCGGCGUUUAAAUUGACUAGAAUAGUACA